UUUUCCAAAAUUUCCUAAAUUUUUCUUCUUUUUUGGAAAAUGCACACAGAUUUAUCAGCCCAUUUGCAUACUCCCGAAUGUAAUAAAAUUAUUAACGAUUUAAAAGACUGCCACGCACAAAACACCUUUGGUAAGUUUAUCGGAAUUUGCAACGAUCUGGACAAUCUAUUAGUCAAGUGCCUCAAACAGGAACGUAUAAAUAGAUCAGCAGCAAAUCGUGCCAAGGCUCGUGAACAGCAAAAAGUCAUUCGAGAGAAAAUGCAACAACCUGGAAAUCCUUAUAUAUAAAUUACUUUUUUUUAUUUUUUACUUUAAAACCAACAACAUUUUUAUAAUGAA